CAUUGACAAACAAAAAUAUAAUAAAAAUAAAUAUUUUCAUUCGUCUGUGAUUUUAUUUUUAGCUGUUUGUGAUUUGUAGGGAACGCGUAAGUAAAAUCCAGAAUAAAAAGCAAAUUAAAGUUAAAAUUAGAAUUAGAACAUACGUACACAAAAUGCAGUGUUGUGUGCCUUUCUGCGAGAAUACUUCCGACACUGUUUCACCAUCUGAUGGAAAAGGAAUUACUUUCCACGAGUUUCCCCGUGAAGCAUGUCUCCGAGCUGCUUGGCUCAGAGCCCUCGGCAUGCAAGACUCUCACCACCCAGACCCAGCUGUGGUCUGCUCACUGCAUUUUUUAGAUGACGACUUCCAUGAUACAGAAGAUUGUGUAAGGCAGAUCCGUUCUGAUGCUAUUCCUUCAGCUGUGCAACUGUGCGUGAUAUGCCUUGACACUGACAGCAAGCUGGUUCCAAUGAGUAGACACAAGUUGGAGGAGACAUAUCCACUGUUAACCGGACUGCCUUCUUUUAACACAGACACUCUGCGACAAACAGUGUGUGUGCUGUGUGCUCAGAGACUAACUAACUUCAGCAGAUUGAGAGACUUGAGCUUGAGAGCACAUUCACUGCUGAUGGACUUGCUACAGAAACAUCAACUGAUUACAAUACAACAUAUAAAAAUGUUCAGCCAUACAAUAAAUCGACUAAAAAGUGAUUUGGUGUCGACAACACGAGAAUCUGAUCAUUGUGAUUUGUACAUAUAUCACUCUGAUGAAAACCAAAAACCAGAACUAGAGGACAUCAAUGUUGCUACAGUUAUAAAUGAAGUUUCUUGGGACCCCAUAGAUGUAAAAGUCAAAAUUGAGAACUACAACCAAAUAGAUGAUUUAAAUGAUGAAAAUUUUCCAUCUAGUGAAGAUUAUUUGGAUUCAUAUUCAGAAAUGAAGACACAGAAUGUAAAAUGUGAGAAUGCGGUAUUAAAAUGCAAACAUUGUAUGGAGGAGUUUGUAGAAGAGAAUGCAUAUUACGAACAUUUGAGCUUGCAUAUGCAGAAUACAGGCAACAGUGGAUUUGAAUCAUCACAAGUGUGCGAGCCUCGUGUAUCUGUGAGCUGGGAAUCUAUGGACCUGAGAAACGAGGAAGGAACGCAGAGGAUGAAUGCUGACCCUCUCGCGAUCCCAGAUUCGCCGCACACAUCACUAGCUCCACUGUCAAAAGUGCAGGCAGCUGAAGGAUCAGCUGCGAUAUUGAAGAGUAAACAAACACACGAAGUUCAGAUUUCAGAUAUAUGUAUAAAUAAACCCACAAAUAAUAUAGAUAAUAUUCAUGAUAAUAAUAAGGACUCACGCUCAGAAUCCCACACUGGUGAGAAGCUACACACUUGUGAAAGAUGCGGUUUCAAAUGUGCACGAAAAAGUAGUUUAUACAGACACAUGAGAAUCCACACUGGUGAGAAACCACACUGUUGCGAUAUGUGCAAUUACAAAACUGCACGCAAGUGUCAACUAGCCAAGCACAAGAGAACCCACACUGAUGAUAAGCCGUAUUCUUGUAAUAUUUGCAAUUUCAGUUGUGCGCGUAAUAAUAGUUUCGUUUUGCAUAUGAGAAGUCACAUUGGUGAUAAGCCUUUCUCUUGCGAGGUAUGCGACUACAAGAGUGAGCAUAAAGGUAACUUAGUUAGGCAUAUGAAAAUCCACACUGGUGAAAAGCCUUAUGCGUGUGAGGAAUGCGAUUAUAGAAGUACACAUAAAAGUAGCUUAAUUGCACACAAUAUGACCACCCACACUGGUGAAAAGCCCUAUUCGUGUGAUGUUUGUAAUUUCAGUUGUGCUCACAAAACUAGUUACACCGAACAUAUGAGAAGUCACACUGGUGAAAAGCCUUAUUCUUGUACCGUAUGUAAUUAUAGAAGUGCGUAUAAAAGCAAUUUGACCAGUCACAUGAAAAUCCACACUGGCGAAAAGCUAUAUUCUUGUUAUCUGUGUGAUUACAAGGGUAUACGUAGCAGUGAUUUGGCGAAGCACAUGAGAAGGCAUACUGCUGAAACGUCAGCCGUGUUCGUAUAACAAUCGUAACUACGCGCAAAUAGAUUCGAAGAUUUUGUAUGGACUAUGCCUAAAAUGCACUACCUACCUUCUGGGCUCAAAACAAACGUAUGUUGGACGCGUAGUGGGACAAGAAAUUAAUUUGUUAUAAAAACCCAUACGGGGCCCUUAAUCAUGAGCGCGUCUUGCAACGCGGCACGAUCCAAACUGCGAAGCGACGGUGCGGCGCGCAGCCGCUCGCAUCGCGCGUUGGUUCAUGACUAAGGGCCCCAUAUGGGUUCGAAAGCAGUCGGGCAUACUCGAAAAUUGCACUACGUGAGUUUUAGCUGUUUUAACUAAUAUCAAUAACACUCACGAUAGUUCAAAUUCUAAAAUGGGACAAGGAAUUGUAGUUUUUUAUAUAUAGUGCAUACCCUAGUUAAAAUCCUUAUGCACGCCACUGAAGCCAUGUUUUUUGAAAGUGUAUACCUUAUGGGUUCGCGCCACUAACACGCUUAUAGCAGUGUAUAUGUAGUUAUACAGCUAACGUAUAGUAUAUAUAUAUAUCAUACUAGCGGAGCUAAAGUGCAGCCUUGGGGGACACUAUAGGUGCAGGACAAUGUAUCACUUAGGUAUCCUUCAACUGUUACUUGCUGAGUGCUAUUAGUCAGAUAAUAGAUAACCAAUUAUGUGCCAGUCCUCUUAUAACGUAGUUCUCUAAGCGGGACAAUAAAAUUGGAAUGUGAACUGUGUCAAAAGCUUUUUACAAAUCCAAAAAUACACCAACAAUCCUAUUAUUACGAUCGACAUGUGUGAUGGUUUUGGUGAGCCUAAGCACAGCGUCAUCUGUUGAUUUAUUUGCUCGGAAACCAUAUUUCAGAUAUCAGUUAAUUAAUAGGUGCGAAGAUUUUUAUAAAACAAGCACUGCCUACCGUCUGGGUUCAAAACAAACGUAUGUUGGACCACAGUGGGACAAGGAAUUUUUUAAUUUUUACCGAUAGUGCACACCUUAGUUAAAGUCCUUAUGCACGCCACUGACGUUUUUUGAAAGUGAAUAUCUUAUGGGUUCGCGCCACAACAUGCUUGUAUCAGUGUAUAUGUAGUUAUACAGCUAACGUAUAGUAUAUAUAUAUCAUGCUAGCGGACCUAAAGUGCUACCUUGGUGGACUCCAUAGGUGCAGGACAAUGUAUCACUUAGAUAUCCUUCAACUGUUACUUGCUGAGUGCUAUUAGUCAGAUAAAAGAUAACCAAUUAUAUUCCAGUCCUCUUAUACCGUAGUUCUCUAAGCGGGAUAAUAAAAUCGGAAUGUGAACUGUGUCAAAAGCUUUUUGCAAAUACAAAAAUACACCAACAACCUUAAUAUUACGAUCGAUACAGCUAACGUAUAGUUUUAGUGAGAUUGUAGUCAAGGUAAUAAAUAAAAAGCAAAUUUUGUAUAUGUAACAUUUAAUUUUAUUAAAAAAUAUAAUUAAUUAUUAUUUAUUAUCAUCACAUAUUUAAAUGCUUAUAUUUUGUAUCGACAAAUUAAUAGCACCUUAUAACUAUAUUACAUUAUAUUAUUUGUACCUUUAAUAGUCUGAGAGCUGUCGCUUAACAUGCGAGUAACAGGAAAUAUCUGAGAAAUAGACAAAUUUUAACCGAUGGUGGCGCCACAAAUUUGAUUAACCAUAUCUACGAAUUUACUUUAAUUCUCUGGAAAUAGUAUUUAUUCUCUCCCAAGAAAUGCAACACUAAUAUGGAUAAUAAUGGCGGAUUGAUGACGUUUUCAAUGCAGUAGUCGAUUUGACGUUUGCUGUCAAUUGUCAUGUCAUAGUUGCUUUAUGGGCGCCAUCUUGAUAUAACUCAAAAACUUGGGUUUUAAUUUUAUUUAUUUCUUGAUUUAUUCACUUAUUUAGAUUUUAAUAAAAUCCUUGUAUUUUUUAAAUUUUAAUGAUACGGUUACGGGUUAUAAGAGUGGUCAUGAAAUGGACCAUUUCAUUUGGAACGGAAAUAGAUUUCACUCUGGAUUAACACAUAGGCUACUUUUAAUCCUGAAAAACUCCAUGGUUCCCGCGGGAUUUGUGAAAAAAUUAAAUCCACGCGGAAGUCGCGAGCGUCCGCUAGGUUAUAAACAUCUAAUAUCUAUUAAUAAAAAUUAUAAAAUAAUUAAACUGCCAUAUUCUUAAUUAAUAGUUAAUUAAUUAUUGUAUUUGUAUAAUUAUAAUAACUAUAUAAAAAACUGUUGCCGGCAACUUUUGUCCGUGUAAAAUUAAAAAAAAAACUUUUAAUUCAGCAAAGUAGCAUUGUUUACUUUUCAUUAUUUACUACAUACUUUAAAACAUCCAUACUAAUAAUUUAAAUUCAAAAGGUAUAAUCUGUUAGCCCUCAUUCGCACGAGAGAUUUUUUAACGGACGUUAAAAAAACGUUCAAAUAUAGUAUGAAGUUUAAUAAAGAUCUAUUUCCAACCCACAAAAUUGAAAACUGCUCGAAAAAAAGCGUCGUCUUUAAAACGCUGUCGUUUUUCACGACGUUAAAUUACGUCUUUUUUAACGUCCGUUAAAAAAACUCUCGUGCGAAUGAGGUCUUAUCUUUUUAUGACUAAACCGUUGAACCAAUUUGAUAAACUGGACCUUGGAAGCAGAACUUUGGCCACAUUUUAUACCCGAAAAGUCCAUAAUUCCCACUGAAUUUGUAAAAAAAAAUUAUUUCACGCGGACAAAGACGCGUGCGUCCGCUAGUUGUUUUUUUAUAAAAUUCUAUGCUAAACAAAUAAGUGUGAAAUUGGGACAUUUACGACACAAAAAACCUAUAGUUUCAACCAAUCAUUUUAUACUAUAGAUAUGGCAUUCAUCAUUUGCAACCCAUAAUCGGCUCACUGGUGAGCUCGAGUCUCCUCUCAGAAUGAGAGGGGUUAGGCCAAUAGUCCACCACGCUGGGCCAAUGCGGAUUGGCAGACUUCACAUAUGCAGAGAAUUAAGAAAAUUCUCUGGUGUGCAGGUUUCCUCACGAUGUUUUCCUUCACUGUUUGAGACACGUGAUAUUUAAUUUCUUAAAAUGCACACAACUGAGGUGCAUGUCCCGAACCCACACCCUCUGGAAUCAGAGUCAGAGGUCAUAUCCUCUGGGCUACCACGGCUCUACAUACAUAUCUAUCUAUUCUAUACUUAUAAUAAAUCUGUAGAGAGGUCAAUUCUGUACAUGAAAUAUAUUUCCAAAAUAACAAUCAGGGGAUGAUUAGUGAUCAAUACUGAUGCCUGAAAUGCAAUCAGUACAAUUUUGGUCUGUCUGUCUUUUCGUUAUAGAAACAAAAACUACUCGACGGAUUUUAACGAAACUUGGUACAAUUAUUCUUCAAACUCCUGGGCAGGUUAUAGUAUACUGUUCAUCACGCUACGAUCAAUAGGAGCAGAGCAGUGAAGGGAAAUGUUGGGAAAACGGGAGAAGUUACUCCAUUUUUACAGCGAUACUACUGUAAGAGCCGGAUUAAAGAGGCCUAAGGGCGGGGCGUCCGCUAGUAUAUAAAAUAUUGUAAGUAUACACAAAAUUGUGUGCCUCCAGAGGAGUAGCUAAGUUUUAAGAAAAUUUUGUAGGCACGUAACAUAUCUAAUAGUAUAAAAUCAUUGGUUUCAACCAUCAACCAUUUCUAGACCCUAAAUAUUAUGAUAUUCCAGUAAUAUUCGAUAUAUUGUAAUGACAAAAUUGUAUCACUUUUGUUUGUACCAUAGAUAAUAUCAGUGUGAUAAACAUAUUAAUAUUAAAAAAAAAACGAACCGAGUUUACUCUUUCAGAUCGACUGUCUAAAUAGUGUAUGUAGUCCCGCAGCAUACACUGUGUACGUCUCAGUACUUACGAAUGAAAAGUGAAAGGUGCGCAGAAUAGGUUGCGCACAAAAAACGUAACGCUGUCAAUCGAAUUUUACUGCCCAUAUUUUUUUCAUACCGGGGGCUAUAUAUGAAUAAUCGAUUCUUAAGGAGUAAACUCCAAUUAAAAUUAUUUACAUUCUAUAGUAUUCACUCCUAGCAUGGUCUUUCCGACUAGGAGAACAGGAAAAGUCAUAUGUUCUAAAUAAAAAAUUAGUACAAAUAAA